AUAAAGCCAAACAGCAAAGUAGAAGAAAUUACAAACAAAAGGGAUGGAGCCAAAACUCCUGCAUCUGCAAGGUUGAGUAUCAAAAGACUCACCGUUUCUUGGUACCGCUCUAGAGGCUCUGAAGCUCGAUCUGUAACGGUUAGCAUUCGAAUAAUCUAUUUUUUACGAAAACCAGAAAAAGAAAAAAUGAAAGAAGGUGCAACCAACAUGCGUCGAAGACAAGUUAUGGAUCAUCAACAAAGAUUCUCUUCUUUUCUAUCAUUUCCUAGAACUGCGUAUUCCCCCGACAACUCUAGUCUUCGUCAUACGACAUCGUAUUCUGAUCAUAAUGAAAUCCAUCAAGGUUCCGUAUCAUCAGUUCCUACACCGUUCGAUCAGGGAGCGGUUGCCGGAGGUACCGACUUAUCUCAAGGAAGUAGCUUAAAUGCUAGGACAUCACAACGAGAAUUCGUGCGGUUAUCUGUAGAGGAGCCAGGCCCAGGUAAAGCCAAUGGGGUUGCAGGGCGUGCCGGGUUUUCUCCCCUCCUUCAAGCUGCUCUUAAAGGUGAUUGGCAGGCUGCUAAGGCUUUAAUUGCGGAAGACCCAAAUUGCGUUCGAGCUCGCAUAACGGAAGAGGGAACGACAGCCCUUCACACAGCUGCGAUUGCAAAACACACCGAUUUUGUAGAACAACUGCUGAAAUCGAUGCGUCCGGAUGACUUAAAAUUGAAAAGCAUAGAAGGAGCUACGGCCCUUCACUCUGCCGCUCAGACAGGGAUCGUGAGAAUUGCCGAGGAGAUGGUGAAAAUGAACGAUGAACUGCCGUCAAUCGCAGACAACCAAGAGACAACACCACUUCAUGUUGCAGCUUUUCUAGGACGCCAUAGAAACAUGGUCGAUUAUUUAUUCUCUGUGACUUCUUUAGCACGGUUGACUACUCCCCAACUCAUUGAGCUCCUUCUUGCUACUAUUUCCGCUGGUUUUUUUGAUAAAGCAUUGGCAAUUCAUGCCCAAUUACAAACUGUCGAUCCUGAAUGUGUGAGGAAAGCAUUGCAAGAGUUGGCCAGGAAACCUAUUGCAAUUGGUAGCAAAAGACAGCCAUCAUUAUGGGAAAGAUGCUUAAAGUACUCCGUGUUCAAAAGGCGCUAUAGAAUAGCAUUGAUGAAGACAUUAGCCCGUCAGUUGGUUGAAGUCCUUUGGAAAGAGGUUAAUGGAGCAUUGGUGGUUCAAGAUCAAAUGGAUUUAAUAUUUGAAGCUACAAAAUCAGGAAAUGUUGAGUUUUUAAUCAUAAUCUUACGCUCUUAUCCUGAACUCAUAUGGAAAAUAGACAAGAAUUACGGGAGUUUAUUCCACGUUGCUGUUUUAUAUCGGCAAGAAGGCGUAUUUAAUCUAAUAUAUGAGAUAGGUGCAAUCAAAGAUAACAUUGCAACCUAUAUUGACAAAGAUAAUAACAACAUGCUACACUUAGCUGGAAAAUUGGCUCCUUCAGACGAACUAAGCAUCAUAUCAAGCCCAUCCAUUCAAAUGCAAUGGGAGUUGUUGUGGUUUAUGGAGGUAAAAAAGAUUGUGCCACCUUCAUAUGUGAACAAGAAGAAUUCAAGAGGCCAAACACCAAGGGAAGUAUUUAGAAUGACACAUAAAGAUUUACAAGAAAAUGGUGAAAAGUGGAUCAAGAAAACAGUAAGCUAUUGCAUGCUUGUAGCAACAUUGAUUGCCACUGUGGCUUUCGCUGCAGCUUUUACUGUACCAGGUGGCAACGAUCAAGAUACAGGAAGCCCAAUUUUAUUGAUACGUAAUUGGUUUAUGAUAUUCUUCAUAUCAGAUGUGACGGCAUUGUUCUUCUCUUCCACUUCGAUAUUAAUUUUCUUGUCAAUCCUCACAUCACCUUACACAGAAGAGGAUUUUCUGAAGUCAAUACCACUAAGGUUGUUGCUUGGACUUGCUACACUCUUCACCUCUAUAGGAGGCAUGGUCUUAUCUUUCAGUGCAACCUGCAUUUUGAUCAAUCACAACAAAAUGAUAUGGGUUCCGAAAGUUAUAAUCGUUUUGGCGGCGGUUCCAAUUCAUAUAUUUAUUAUGCAUGUUCAACUCUGGGUUUCUAUAUUGUACUCAUCAUUCUACUUGUCUGUGUUUCUUUUUCGGCCGUGUAAACGUCGGCUUUUCUAGUGGAAGAUGCCUAUCUGGCAACUGAUCAGAAGAAAAUCAAGAUUGAUAUUCAGCUACAUCUUUCCCUCAAGACUUUUUACUAUCGUUUCUCUGAUAUUUGUAUAUAAAUACAUUUACUUUGCAUUGUAUUUUCU